CUACGCAAUAAUUGAGGAUCACGCACGCCGCACGCAUAGAGGACAGAAGCCGGGCUGGAGAGGGAGGAAGACCGCUGCCGCGUACGUAGCCGGUCGUAGCUGCUCUGCUGCUGUUUCAGUCGCCGGAAAUAGAAUCGCUACCCCGCCGUGUUGCCACCGUGACCAGCGCCGCUGCUCUGCCAUCUUCUCCAUCGAUUGAAUCAUUGAUCUACUAUGUUAAAUACGUCGAAUUCGAGGUAACAUGAAUGAUGAAUAAGGAACUAUCUUGGAGGGCAGCGAGGGCAGAGAGGUUGAUACCCCGUACCAAUGGCAGAACGGCAACUAAGACCAGCAGAAAUUUCAAUGAAGAAAUGACAACCCUAGAUUCCUUCGACUUUGUAUCCCCCCUUCUCUGGAUUUUGUUAUCACUUACAGAGUUUAAUUUCGAAAUAUAUAUCUAUAAACUGUAAACAGCUCAAAAACCUCUCAAAAAAUUGUUCAUUAUAUCUCGGCCAAAACCCUAAAAUUUCUCUGGAAAACCUGUUACCACCAUGAAGCCCUUCAGAUGGAGAUCAGGGAUCGUCUGGCUAUUUCUGAUUUUGUCAGUAUUUGAUAAUGAACGCGUCUCCGGAGAGCCGAGAUCUCAAUCUUCAAAAGAAGCUUAUGUGACGCUUCUCUACGGCGACGAGUUCCUGCUCGGUGUUAGGGUUCUCGGCAAGUCUAUCCGCGAUACUGGAACCACCAAGGAUAUGGUUGCUUUGGUCUCCGAUGGUGUCUCCAGCUAUGCCAAACAGCUCCUUCAGGCAGAUGGAUGGAUUGUGGAAGAAAUUAGUUUACUGGCCAACCCAAACCAAGUGAGACCGACGAGAUUCUGGGGCGUCUACACGAAACUUAAAAUCUUCAAUAUGACUAAUUACAAGAAAGUGGUGUAUCUUGAUGCUGAUACAAUCGUUGUGAAGAGCAUUGAAGAUUUAUUUAAAUGUGGAAAGUUUUGUGCAAAUUUAAAGCACUCAGAAAGGUUGAAUUCGGGUGUUAUGGUUGUUGAGCCAUCUGAAGAAGUUUUUAAGGAUAUGAUUAGCAAGGUUACCACUUUGCAUUCAUACACUGGAGGUGAUCAAGGAUUUCUCAACUCCUACUAUGCUGGGUUUCCUAAUGCUCAUGUGUUUGACCCAAACUUGCCUCAAGAUGUCUUAAAUUCUAGACCAGUGCCUAAAAUGGAGAGACUUUCUACUGUUUACAAUGCCGAUGUUGGCCUAUACAUGCUUGCUAACAAGUGGAUGGUUGAUGAGAAAGAACUUUGUAUUAUCCAUUACACUCUUGGGCCACUCAAACCAUGGGAUUGGUGGACAUCUUGGCUUUUGAAACCGGUUGAUGUCUGGCAGAAUGCUAGGGUGCAGCUUAAGGAAAGUUUACCAGGAACCCAAGGAGGAAAAAAUCCUAAAGAUGAUUUUUUUGUCAAAUUACUUUUUCUUCUUCCGUUAUUUCUUGUACUUUCCUGCUUCUACCGGUCAUAUUUACAGACACACUCCAUUAGUGAUCACAUAAAACAUAUAUACUACAAAUUCAGAGCUGGAGGUAUCCUUCCUUACUCUGCAGUUCCUUCGUCCACCAUCAGCUCUUACCAGCAGGUACCUUCUUACCUGUGUGGGAUGUCAAUCUUUGUCUGUUUUGCUGCUGCUUUGUGGUCUCUCGGGCUCUCAUUUCUGAUCAUCCCUCGUCAAGUAUUGCCUUGGACUGGGCUCAUUCUUAUGUAUGAGUGGACAUUCACACUUUUCUUCAUCUCGUUUGGAAGUUAUUUGAACUUAGUCCAGAAACGGGGAAAGCUGAUGGGAAACCAAGUGGGCUCUUCUCGAGUUGAAUCUUUGGCAUAUGAUUCAGCAAAAGCUCAUCAGCGGCAGCAGUCAUGUUAUGACAUGGCUGCAUGGAACUAUAGUUUGGGAAUGGCUUUUCUUGCCAUUGCAACUCCAUCACUGCCUUGUCUUCUUGGGGUCACUUCGCUAUUUUUAAGGUUGGGUUUGAUGGUAGCGGGAGGGAUCGUUCUUGCAUCGUUCAUGACGUAUGCGUCUGAGCAUUUGGCAAUUAGAUCAUUUGUACGAGGUUUAGAAGAGAAAGAAACGUUGAGGAGCAGUAGUAGUAGUAGAACCAUAUGUUUCUUAUGUUGAUGGAUGGCUUCAAUCUUUGCAUGUCAGCUAACCACAACCUCUUUUUUUCUUCUCUUU